GCGGGGCGGGGGGGGGGAGGAGUUGAUGAAGAUGAUGGCCGCCCGGAGUCCGGGGAGUGGCGGUUUAUUCCGCUGCCCCGUCUCGGGUGGAGGUGACAGCCACAGCAGCGGGUGAGGGACUGUCCGGGGGCUAGUUUACCAUUUCUCUAAGAGCCAUUUUUUGAAAAGUUUACAAUGACAAGUGCAACCAAAGCCGAGGCGCAAAUCUGCGAGCUGGAGCUCCUGUUCAGCAUGUUUCCCAAUGAGCUUGUGUUGGAUGAUCAACUGGCUUUAGCAGAGCUCAGAGAAUAUGUGCAAGGACGGACGCUGAGCCCUCCUACUUCAAGAGUACAGUUUACAAUACACCUCCACCUGGAUGCUCCUAAUGUGGUGUGCACAUUAUUGUGUGCAUUUCCCCCAAAUUAUCCAGAGGAGUUACCAGAAAUUUCUACAAGAUCAGAUGCUUUAUACAGAACGCAGCAGAUGCAGUUAAAUACAGAUCUCCGAGAAUAUUUAAGAGAAAAUUAUUAUGGAGAGAUGUGUAUAUUGAAUGCAAUAGAAUGGCUCAAGGACCAUGCAGCCACUUACAUAAACAAUGUUGUUGCUCCAGUUGAAAAGAAACAGACAGCAAAUAACCUAAAAGAUGCUAUUUGUACUAGACUUUGGAUCUACAGUCACCAUAUCUACAACAAAGAGAAGAGAAAGAAUAUUCUGGAAUGGGCAAAAGAGCUUUCUCUUACUGGCUUCAGUAUGCCAGGCAAGCCGGGUGUGGUUUGUGUCGAAGGAUCACAAAGUGUUUGUGAAGAAUUCUGGACAAGACUUCGACGGCUGACCUGGCAGAGAAUUCUUAUCCGUCAUAGGGAAGAUGUUGCUUUAGAUGCCACCAAUGGUGAUCUGGAUGCCAAAAUUGAAACAUUUCGCAAAUUCACAAAUUUUGAGGAGAAAAUAUUUGAUACACGUGGUAGCAAGGGAAAUCAUAUGGACCUGGGACAGCUUUAUCAAUUCUUAAAUGAAAGCGGAUGCCGAGAUAUCUUUCAACUGUACUUUGGUGUUGAAGGAAAAUCAUCUUAACAAGAUGCUCACAUAAUUUUGUUUACCCAGACGAUAGCAAAAAAUCAUAAAUGUGCACUUCUAUGCCAUUGACAUUUAUCACAUACUCUUAUCAGGGGCAGUGACUGGAAGUGCAAUUGUAUAUUUUUAAAAACUUGUUAAAUAAAUG